UUAAUGCUUUGAUCCAAUUUCAUGCACUAAUUUUGUAUGGUUGGUCAACUGAUUUGAUUUUGUAAUCCGAAUUCUAGUAUUUUGUUAAGAAUUUGGUUGUUAUUUGCAUGGAAUUAGGAUUAGAUUAGGCAUAAUCUUACCAGAAUCCAGAUUGUUAAGAGUAUACCGUCUGAUCAGCUGGCUGCUGUUGCAAUUCUGGUGAAAUUCGAGGUGGGUAAAUAUAGAUUAGCUUGACCAUGGUGGCUGUCAAUUUGUUAUUGUCGGUUGUCAUGUCUGAUGACAAAGUGAGAGAAGAGAAACAGGAAACGUAAUAAAGGAUGCAACCCUAAACUCAGUAGCUUUUGACUGUAGUUCUGAUAACCUGAGUUAGAAUUGAAUAAUGUAGAAAAUUAGAAAAUAGAAAUAGAAAUCAGCCUUGUAACUUUGGAUUUACUUGUUCCUAAGCAAUUGGGUUUGAGCAUUGAUAUAAAGAGCAGAGAAGUGGGGUUUAGAGCUGUAGCUCAUUCAUAAAUGCAUGAACUGGAACGGAGUUCUUUCUGCAAUUGGUGCUUGUGAAAGAGUAUGCAAAAAGAGUUUGUAAGAGAUCCCAAGUGUGAGAGUUUAAGGUUUAGUAGUACUGAUUGCUGGACUGUGGUGAAGAUCUAGUACUGUUUUUAGUUGAGGCAUAGAUUGGAGUGUGUGUGAUAUGUUUUGGGGUUUUUGAUUAAGGUUUCAGCUGAUUCCUCUGUUGCCAGAUUUGCAGAAGUUUGUAAGUAAGAGUAAGAGUUGGAUUGUUUGCUACAUGGUUUUGUGGGUGGUGUGGAUUUGAGCUUUGAUCACUUCAGUACUAGUUAUUGUGAAGUAGUAUAUCAAGUUUUGGAAGAGAAUUUACAGUUUUGGGGUGAUGACUAUGUCUGUUCCUAUGAGGAAAACACAUGAUGAAAUGAAUUCAUCUGAUAUUGAGGAGGAUGAUUUGGAGCUUGGAGAUAUGGAGGAGAGCAUGUCUUUGGUCUGUCUGUCCAUUGAAGAUGGACUAAGCAAAGGAGGAGACAAUGAUGGUGAUGAUUCUGUGGUCUUUGCUGCGUUUUUCGCUGAGGAUGAUGAGGAGAGUUGUGCGAUCAUAACAGACACAGAAGAAAUUGUGGGUGAUGGUGAUGAUGAAUCAGAUUCUGUUAAAAGUACAAGGUCUGAUUGCUUCAAACCCAGUAAUGGUGGGAGUCAUUAUGCAGGGAAGUUUUGGAAAAAAAGGUAUCCUUCUAAUACAAUGCAUAAGAAAGUGAAACCUUCUAAUGGUUCUGCAGCUGGGGUUUCUGCUGUGUCAGGUUAUUAUUCAUGCCCAACCUCCAGGGCUAGUUCUCCAAGCCAGCCUAUAGAUAUAGUCUAUAGGAGCCAUAGCGAUUUCAGUGUGCAAAAAGCUUAUCAAGCAUCAUCUAGGACCAAAGUCAGAAGAAACCUGUUCAAGGCUAGAGAGGACAGGCUUGCUAAGGCUUGGGAGAGAAAGAGAGAUCAAUUGUUAUCAGAAGAAUUUGGUUCUUCUGAUAAUAACAACUACAGUGAUUCUCACUCCUCUAAAACAGCUCAUGAUUCAUGUGGUGAAGAGGCCAGGAUUAGUUCUCCUAGGCCCGAUGCUACUAGAGCCAAAAGCUUCACACAUGUGGACUUGGAUGAAUUAAAAGGCUGCCUGGACUUAGGAUUUGGUUUCAACUAUGAGGAAAUGCCAGAGCUCUCUAAUACUCUGCCAGCUCUGGAGUUGUGCUAUGUUAUGGGUCAGAAGUUUCAAGAUGAUAUCAACCAUCAUAAAUCCUCCCCUGUAUCUACCCUUGAUAAUAAUGCAGAUUCACCCAAAAGUGACAGCUUUGGACAAUCUCCUAUUGGCAACUGGAAAAUUUCUAGCCCAGGUGAUCACCCACAACAGGUCAAGGAGAGACUGAAAGUUUGGGCUCAAGCUGUGGCCUGUACUGUUCGCCUAUGUAGUUCCUAGUCAAAUGUAUCUCUGAGGGUUAAUCUGUGCAGCACUGCCGGUUUGUCAGUUAUGAUGCAGAGUCAGAAGUGUCACAUGUUUUUAUAUGGUUUUGUACUUACAGGCCUACCUUAUUGAUCACUACUAGAGGAUUAUUAAAAAGUGCCACUGAUAAAUAAGUAUUUGGUAGAUAUGGUUUUCUACUCGAGCUUAGUUGGAUUGGCAAGGUUUGGUUUGCUUGGUUAUGAGAUCCUUAUCCCUGAGAAGCAGUACCCAACUAAUCUGCAGAAGUUUUGGGAAGAAAAAAAAUUAUGUAUUAACCUUGGAUAUAUCCUGACAGGCAUCCUGAGGAAAAUCUUUUGGAUUGACAGAAGGAAAAAGAAGCCUGGCUCGAUCUUGCUGUCUGAGCUGACUUCUUGUGUGUGAGUUGAAGCAGUAAUGUUGGCGGCUUGGAGAGCCAGGUUUGAGAUUAACCAUACUAUACAGUUACUUAACUACUACUAAUCAUUAAUUGGUUUUGUAUAAACAAAUGUACAGCUGAGAACUUAUGUUUUAUAAUACUAAACAGCACUUUGGUUGCUGUUCUGUUUUUGUA